GGAGAGGGAUUCUCGCCUCUCUCUCUCCCCCUGUCUCUCUCUCUCUCUCUCUCUCCCUUCCUCUCUCUCUCUUUCUCCUUCGCUCCUUGCUCCCUCCCCCUCGCCCCGUUGUGGUCUCGCGCUGGCUGCCUGCCGGAGCUCUUGUCAGUUAGUAACAAAAUGGCUGCGGUGGCAGCAGCUCUGCUCCUGAAGCGGAGGACACAAGCGGCGGAGGCGACGGCGGCUGUUGCUGCUGCUGCUGCUACUACUACUGCAAGGAGGAGUGGAGGGCCGGGUCGGCGGCAUCACUGAACCCAGCGGCGUUGCUUGUCCUGCCAGCGGCCCAACCCCUUUUCCCUUACAAGCGAAAAGCUCGGUCCGAGAAGCCGUCCCUGCGGCUGCUGCCUCCAUAAAUCCCUCUGGUUCCCCCAGAGAAUCUCUCGUCAAUCGCUGGGGAGGGACAGGAGAGCGGCUGCUGCUGCUGCUGCUGUGGAUUCUGCUCUUUGACUGGGUGGAUCCCGCGGGGGAGAGGAAACGACUGACGGACCUCCUUGCGAGAAACUCAGUUGCGGGAUCGCCCCGGGUUUUGCGGAUCCUGUCUUUGUGAGAAAGAGACUGGAUUUUGCCUUCUUCUCUGGAUCCACCUAUGUUUGGCUUGUCUGGGUGGAUCCGUAUGAAAGACAGUGGUGGGCUCCCUACUCACCACGAAGCCUAUUUUCUGGAUCCUUUUUAGGAUUCCGGUACAUGAGAGAGACUGCUGGAGCUCCUUUCCUUGGAUCCACGUAUGAAAAGCACUGCUGGUGGAUUUCCCUGGCAUUUGUGGAUCCUUGCCUGGAUUCUUCUCUCCCUUGGAUCUUCCUGAAAGAAACUGUUAAGACCUUUUUUUUUCUGCUUGUGUUCUACGUCUCGCUUUCCUUUAAAAAAAAAAAAAGACUUAACUGGGUACUUGGAUCUCUGUCUCAGAGUCUUCUGGCUGUUUUUUGUUUUUCUGACCUUUAAACUUUUGAAUGGGUUCGAUAUUAUCCAUUUUAAUUUGCACUUUUGAAAACAAAAUAUUCAAAUGCUCCUCCGUGUAAACUGAGAAUCUACCAACACCUUUUUAAAAGCCGUAUCCUGAACAACUACAAAGCAUACAGAUUUCACGCUCAUCCUGACGGUAUAUUUUUGCUGCAACUAUCUAUGUUUAAUUUUAAAAACAAAAUUCUCUGUGCAGAAUUUAACUGAGAACUCAUAAUUGUGAGUUUUGCUUCAUUGAAGAAAAGAAUAAUUCUUGUUUUGGAAUUGGACCUGCUUCUGCUGCACUUAUCUUCUGGGCUGGAAAUAAAACUGGAGCAUACAGCUCUUUUACUGUUGGUUUCUUGUCUGAUUUUCCCAACCCCCUUCCUCCUCUUUUGUGGCAGAAUAUUUUUGGUGGUUUUUGUUUUUCGUUUUAAUUUGGAACAAGCAUAGAUAUUGAAAAAAAAAAAAACCCUGACUUUGGCCGUGAGAGAUUUUUUUCAUAUUCAACGUGAAAAAUACGGGUAUUUUUUUGUAAGAAAAAGCAUUAAAAGAAAGGAGCACGGUAGUGAAACUCCCAGGCGCCGGACAAAAUAUUCAUUUGUUCUUUUUCAAGGAGACCGAGUCGAAAGCUGCCAAAGAGCCCCAGAAGGAAACGAAGCAAGGGAAAAAGAACAAACACAAGAAGAGGAACAUUUGAUGGAAGAAAAGAAAAAGAAAAAGCAGGAAGAAAAGAAAAAGAAGGAAGGUGCUCAGAAAAAGGCUGCUGAACAAAAAACCAAAGUGCCAGAACCUAUUAAGACCAGUUUAAGCCAGCCCCAACCUGCCGGUACCAGUACCAGUACUUCCACCAGCACUAUUACCAACAAUAAUAAUGGCAAGCGUGCAUCUGCCAAUGGGCAGCAGCCAGCUGCAUCCCGAUACCUGCCUCGUGAGGUGCCUCCACGCUUCCGCCAACAAGAACAGAAGCAGCUCUUAAAAAGAGGCCAGCCUCUGCCUGCUGGAACUCUGAUCAGCACAAGCCCAGCGCAAGGUACUGGACAAGUAGGAACAAGUCCUCCUCCACAACCAGGAGUAGGGGGACAUCACCACUCCAGUAAGACUCAGAUCCCCACAGACCUUGGCCACAGUGGAUUGGGAGACAACUAUGAGAAUACUCACUGGGGACAGCAGCCCACUUUCCGAAGUGAAGCCAGUUGCGGCUGGGAUAAAGUGAUAAUAGACAGGACUGACAAGGAAGCGUGGCCUUCCAUUACAGGAACUGAGACUGAGUCUGCCUCAGAAUGUACUACAGACACUGACUCUGCCUCCAACUGUGGCUCUGAGAAUAGUAGCAUGGCUACAGGGAGUGCCCAAGGCAACUUCACUGGACAUACAAAGAAACCCAAUGGCAAUAAUGGCACCAAUGGAGCACUCAUCCAAAGCACUUCUAACCAGAGUGCCCUUGGAGCUGGGGGAGCAAAUGGUAAUGGAAACUCGACCAGAGUGUGGGGUGUUGCCACCAAUUCUAACUCUGGCUUAGCUCACUGCUCUGCCAGUGGUGGGGAUGGAAAGAUGGACAACAUGAUUGGAGAUGGUAGAAGUCAGAAUUGCUGGGGUGCUUCCAACUCAAAUGCUGGCAUUAAUCUUAACCUUAACCCCAAUGCCAAUCCAGCUGCCUGGCCUGUACUUGGACAUGAGGGAACUGUGGGAGCAGGCAACCCUUCCAGUAUUUGCAGUCCAGUCAGUGCCAUAGGUCAGAACAUGGGCAACCAGAAUGGAAACCCAGCAGGCACCUUAGGUGCUUGGGGAAACUUGUUGCCACAAGAGAGCACAGAACCACAAACGUCCACUUCUCAGAAUGUGUCUUUCAGCGUACAACCUCAGAACCUUAACACUGAUGGACCAAAUAACACUAACCCCAUGAACUCUUCACCAAACCCUAUCAAUGCAAUGCAGACAAAUGGACUGCCAAACUGGGGCAUGGCUGUUGGCAUGGGGGCCAUCAUCCCACCCCAUUUGCAAAGCCUUCCUGGUGCUAAUGGGACAUCAGUUUCUCAAGUCAGUGGGGGCAGUGGUGAAGGAAUGGGCAAUUCAGUGUGGGGAAUAUCCCCAAAUAAUCCUGCCACAGGAAACAGCAAUUCUGGGUUCAGUCAGGGGAAUGGAGACACUGUGAACUCAGCAUUAACUGCUAAGCAAAAUGGAUCCAGCAAUGCUGUGCAAAAGGAAGGGAAUGGAACAAGUGCGUGGGAUCCUGCCAGUCCUGGAGUCUUAGCAUGGGGCAGGGGCAAUGGCAACAAUAGCGUUGGUAGCAUGCAUUCUGGUGCUUGGGGACAUUCAAACCGCAGCACUAGCAAUGGUAUUAAUGGUGAAUGGAGCAAACCCCCAAACCAGCAUUCCAGUAAUGACAUCAGUGGAAAAGGAUCAACAGGGUGGGACAGCUCUAGUGUUACCAACCAGAAUCCUGCCAUGCAGCAGGGCAAUGAUCAAAUAAACUCUUGGGCCAAAGCUGCAGCAACAGGCAACACAGGUAGUGAAGGAAGUAAUGAUAGCAAUGGAAGUCAAAAUGAAGGCAGUACUGGAAGAGAAGGCCCUGGAGAGUGUCGAAGAAGAGACAAGGGAAUGAUAGACCAAGGGCAAGUCCAACUGCCAAGGAAUGACCUUGACCCAAGGGUUCUUUCCAACACUGGAUGGGGACAGACGCCUGUAAAACAAAACACUGCCUGGGAAUUUGAAGAAUCUCCAAGGUCUGAGCGAAAGAAUGACAAUGGAACUGAGGCCUGGGGUUGUGCAGCUACUCAGCCUUCAAAUGCAGGGGGCAAGAAUGAUGGGUCCAUCAUGAACAGUACAAAUACCUCUUCAGUAUCUGGGUGGGUCAGCUCUCCACCUGCAUCCGUUCCAACUAAUACAGGUUGGGGUGAUAACAAUAACAAAGCGCCAAACGGCCCUGGGGGAUGGGGAGAGCUAACAAAUUCAACUGUUGUCAAUAAUGCUGCUGCUGCCAAAAGUGGCCACACUUGGAGUGGGGCCACAAAUCAGGAGGACAAGUCGCCUACUUGGGGGGAACCUCAAAAGCCCAAAUCUCAAAACUGGGGAGAUGGACAGAAAUCAAAUCCAGGCUGGACUUCAAGUGGUGGAGAUUGGGUUGAUUCCUCAUCUAUCCCUGGACACUUGGGUGAUGGGAAAAAGAAUGGUUCUGGAUGGGAUGCUGACAACAGAUCAGGGUCUGGUUGGAAUGACACUACACGUUCUGGGACCAGUGGAUGGGGAAAUGGCACAAAUAGCAAAGUUAAUACAGGUACAAGCUGGGGGGAAUCUUUAAAAUCUGGUCCCCAACAAAAUUGGGCUUCUAAAUCCCAGGACAACAAUGUGAGUAAUUGGGGCGGAGCUGCUUCUGUUAAACAGUCUGGAUCAGGAUGGGUUGGUGGACCACUCCCAGCCAAACAGAAAGAUAGCAGCGAAGCAACUGGGUGGGAAGAACCCUCUCCACCCUCCAUUCGGCGCAAGAUGGAGAUAGAUGAUGGUACCUCAGCUUGGGGUGAUCCAAAUUAUAAUAACAACAAGACUGUAAAUAUGUGGGAUAGAAACAAUCCUGUAAUCCAGAGCAGUACCACAGCUACCACCACUACCACCACUAUCAACGCAAACAUGGCUGAACCUCAGCCACCGCACCAGUCAAGUGCCCAGUCAAACCGGUCCCCUCUGCUUGGCCCAGCAGGUUGGGGAGAGAUGCCUGCUGUCCAUGCAAAGCCUGAAGCUUCAUGGGGAGAACCUUCUUCCCCUUCUGCUGCAGUUGAUAAUGGCACUUCAGCCUGGGGGAAGCCCCCUAGCAGUGGUACAGGGUGGGGAGAUAACUCUGCUGAGUCAGCAGGAACAUAUGGAAGAGUGAGCGCACCAGCUGCUGCCCCAGCACUGUGCAAACCAGCUUCUAAAUCUUCUAUGCAAGAAGGCUGGGGCAGUGGUGGAGAUGAAGUAAAUCUCAGUACAAGUCAGUGGGAAGAUGAAGAAGGAGAUAUGUGGAAUAAUACUGCUUCACAAGAGAGCAAUUCCUCUUGUAGCUCCUGGGGGAAUGUCCCAAAGAAAGGACUUCAGAAGGGCAUGAAGACAUCUAGUAAGCAAGAUGAGGCCUGGAUCAUGAAUCGUCUGAUAAAACAACUUACAGACAUGGGCUUCCCAAGAGAGCCAGCAGAAGAGGCCUUAAAGAGUAACAGUAUGAAUCUAGAUCAGGCCAUGAGUGCUCUGCUGGAAAAGAAGGUGGAAAUGGACAAGCGUGGAAUGGGAGUAGCUGACUACAAUGGAAUGGUCACCAAACCCCUUGGCUGCCGCCCACCACCAAUCUCCAAAGAGUCUUCCAUGGACCGCCCCACCUUCCUCGACAAGGAUGGCGGCCUAGUGGAAGAGCCCACUACUUCACCAUUUUUGCCUUCACCAAGCCUGAAGCUCCCCCUUUCAAACAGUGCACUCCCUAAUCAGACCCUGGGUGGGAUUGCCUCAGGGCUGGGCAUGCAAAACUUGAAUUCUUCUAGACAGAUACCGAGUGGCAAUCUAGGUAUGUUUGGCAAUAGCGGAGCAGCACAAGCCAGGACCAUGCAACAGCCGCAGCAACCGCCAGUGCAACCUCUUAACUCAUCCCAGCCUAGUCUUCGUGCUCAAGUGCCUCAGUUUCUCUCCCCUCAGGUUCAAGCACAGCUUUUGCAGUUUGCAGCAAAAAACAUUGGUCUCAAUCCUGCACUAUUAACCUCGCCAAUUAAUCCUCAGCAUAUGACGAUGUUGAACCAGCUCUAUCAGCUGCAGCUGGCAUACCAACGUUUACAAAUCCAGCAGCAGAUGUUACAGGCUCAGCGUAACGUUUCCGGACCCAUCAGACAACAGGAACAGCAAGUUGCACGUACAAUCAAUAACAUGCAGCAGCAAAUUCAGCAGCACCAGCGCCAGCUGGCCCAGGCCCUGCUUAUGAAGCAGCAGCCACCCCCUCCACACCUAUCUUUGCACCCCUCUGCAGGCAAAUCAGCCAUGGAUAACUUUUCACCCCAUCCCCAAGCUCCUGGCCUAUCUGAUCUGCAGACCAAAGAGCAACAGUCUUCACCGAACACCUUUGCUCCUUACCCCCUUGCUGGAUUGAACCCAAACAUGAAUGUAAACAGUAUGGACAUUCCUGGUGGUUUGUCAGUGAAGGAUACUUCUCAGUCCCAGUCUCGCCUUCCUCAGUGGACACACCCCAAUUCAAUGGAUAAUCUUUCCAGUGCUGCUUCUCCACUUGACCAGAACCCUAGCAAGCAUGGUGCUAUCCCUGGAGGUCUGAGUAUUGGCCCUCCAGGAAAGUCCUCCAUUGAUGAUUCUUAUGGCCGGUAUGAUCUUAUUCAAAAUAGUGAAUCACCAGCCAGUCCUCCUGUAGCUGUUCCUCAUAGCUGGUCACGUGCCAAAUCUGAUAAUGAUAAAAUCUCCAAUGGCUCCAGCAUCAAUUGGCCACCAGAAUUUCAUCCUGGAGUACCAUGGAAAGGAUUACAAAAUAUUGACCCUGAAAAUGAUCCUGAUGUUACCCCUGGAAGUGUUCCUACAGGUCCUACAAUUAACACCACUAUACAGGAUGUCAAUCGCUACUUACUCAAAAGUGGAGGGUCAUCCCCAACAUCAUCUCAGAAUGCCACGCUGCCUUCAUCGAGUGCCUGGCCACUUAGUGCCUCCGGCUACAGUAGCUCUUUCAGCAGCAUUGCAGGUAAAUUGUCAGACAUCAAAUCAACAUGGUCUUCUGGUCCAAUUUCUCACACGCAAGCCUCUUUGUCACAUGAACUUUGGAAGGUUCCCAGGAACACUACAGCUCCUACAAGGCCACCUCCAGGCUUAACAAACACCAAGCCAUCGUCUACCUGGGGUGCCAGCCCAUUGGGUUGGACCAGCUCUUACUCCUCUGGCUCAGCCUGGAGUACUGACAGCUCAGGAAGAACAAGUAGCUGGCUAGUUCUCCGUAACCUCACUCCCCAGAUUGAUGGCUCUACACUGCGUACUCUAUGCUUGCAACAUGGUCCUCUUAUUACAUUCCAUCUGAACCUGACUCAAGGGAAUGCUGUGGUCCGAUACAGUUCCAAGGAGGAAGCAGCAAAGGCUCAGAAGUCUCUGCACAUGUGCGUUUUGGGGAACACUACCAUCUUGGCUGAGUUUGCUGGAGAGGAGGAAGUGAACCGUUUUUUAGCACAAGGCCAGCCACUGCCCCCCACUUCCAGUUGGCAGUCCAACACUGGAACCACUCAGACACGUUUGGGCUCCACAAGCAGUUCUCAUGGCAUGGUGCGCAAUGAUGCAGGCCACUGGAAUACCCCCUGCCUUGGUGGGAAAGGGAGCAGCGAUCUGCUCUGGGGUGGGGUCCCUCAGUAUUCAAGCAGCCUUUGGGGUCCUCCCAGCACCGAUGACGGCAGGGUUAUCGGAAGCCCAACGCCUUUGAAUACUCUGCUCCCAGGGGAUCUUCUCAGCGGGGAAUCCAUCUAGGAUGCCGGAAAAACAAAAUGGAAGUAACAAUCAUCAGCACUAAAGGAAAAAAAAAAAAAAAGAAAUAGCAGUAACCCUUUCCAGUCCAGGGCAGCACGAAGGAUCCAGCUUUAAUAGAUCAGACUGGCAGCCCUUUUUUUAGUACCUCUGUCUCAUCUUGACUAUGAAACUCUGCUGGAGUCCCUUGUGAACUGUUUGCGUUAACAGUAUGGGCUCCCUUUGGUCAGUGUCAUGUGCUAAUGAUAGAUUUUUGUGUGGGUUUUUUUCCAACGGCUUUUUAAUUUUAUUUUUAUGUUUGUAUGGUGUUUUUAAAGACGUAUACAAGCUGCUUAGACUAGUUCUAUCAUGAAGGGCACUUUUCAGAAUUUGGGCUGGAAAGGGUUAUUUUAUCAACUUGGGGGGAGUUGGGGUUGGGAUGAAGGGGAGGUGAGAAAGCCUAUUUAAAAUGAGCCUGUGAUAAUUAUGCACAUUACCAGAGGCGGAUCCAGUAAUCAGUGGGGGUGGGGGAGGGGUGGCAUCUGACCAGCUUGUCAGCAGCUCUUGGGGAACGAAUCUUAAAGCCCCUUGGCUGGAUGACUUGGAUUGAGAGGUGGGGUGGAAUAUCCAGGUCCACUACUCCCGUGGGUCUUGCCUAUGCACAUUACACUUGUUUCAUUACUUUUUGUGUCAUUUUUUUUUAAUUCUCCCCCCAAAUAGUUCAAAGGUCUUUUUUUAAAAAAAAAGAAAGAAAAGAAAUGAAAGAAAGAAAGAAAAAAGAAAGAAAGAAAGAAAAAUUAACAUAUCAAACAUGCAAUUAUACUUGAAUCCAGCAGGCCAAUAACAAAAAUGUGAACACUUUCUAUUAUUACACUUCCAGGUUGGUAUCAGAAAACAAAAGAACAGGCUCUAGGAUUAUUAUUACUUUUGGUUCUUUCUUACAUGUAUGCAUUGGGGACAAGUUGAACUGAUGUAUGAAUGUAUGGAUGUGUGCGUGUGCCAGGUGUACAACUUAACAAAUUGUGUGACCUUUUUUUCCCCCCUUCUUUUUCAGUAUAUGCUUUUGAUUUGCUUAUCGGUCAAAUGUUUAAUUGUUAUUAGCUUCUAACUUUGCACUGAGUGUCCACAGCCCUUCUUGUAGCUACUCCUACUUGUUUUUUUAAAAAUAAAAAUUAAAAAAAAACUGAUAGGAGGGGCUGGCGACAAUUCACGUGUAAAUGUUUACUCAAGGACUCUUACCGCAUUUUAAAAACUUACAGUGUGUAUCUCUGGAGAAUAAUAUGUAUAUCUACCUUUAGCAGCUUUUUAUUGUGGACUAAUGCAAGAAAAUAAUUACCGGAGUAUUGCACCAUUUUUUCCCAUUCGGAAUAUAAAGUU